AUGGCCGAAGAGCGGGCUGGUGGGGAUCUGGUGGGUGCCGUCACCCUGCACCUGGCCUGGCCGGAUGCGGUGCUACCCGCCCCCCUUCCCCCCCUGCGCCAGCUCCGGGCCUGCAUCUGCAACCUGGCCGUAGCGCCCCGGUCAAGGAGGCGAGGCGUGGCGAGGCUGCUCCUCCAGCGCUGCGAGGAGGCUGCGAGGUGGUGGGGUCAGGACUCGGUCUGGCUGCAGGCCGACCCGUGGAACGAGGCGGCGCUGGACCUGUACCACACUUCCGGGUACGCCACUGUCGAGGACGUGCCCUGGCAUCGCCCCUUCCGGGUGGUCAUGAGGAAGGAACUGCCUGGGAGGCGGGCCGCUGGACCUGGCGAGCCCGACCUCCUGCCUGGCAAUGGAGCGGGGGUGUUCAUCUGGAAGGCGGGUGCGGCCAGGGCCAGGGCCCCUGGCAAUCUGGAGUCUGAAACCUAG